CGGGCAUCAAUUCAGUCAUCGACUGGACCGCGACACGGACGCAAGUCUCGGGGCGCGCAGUGGAGACAGCGCACGAGUCGUUUCUAAGAAUCAAUACAUUAGCCCUUUCGGAAAUAAAUAGACGAACACAAUUGUUGCGCAGUAUGGGGAGUCCUGUUGUUGUUGCUUCCCCUAGGAAGAGCCCUUCUACGGGUCGCAGGACCAACAAACCUUUGGUAGAGAAGAAAAGACGGGCACGCAUCAAUGGCUGCUUGGGUCAGCUUAAAUCUCUCAUUCUCAGCGCCAUGCAAACAGAGGGUGCCCAGGUGUCUCGCCUAGAGAAAGCCGACAUCCUGGAGAUGACGGUCAAAUACCUGCGUCACAUCCAGCACCAGCAGGCUCCAGAACAACCGGAAGUGGUCGCCAAGUUCAGUGCCGGGUACUCCGAGUGCGCUACCGAGGUCAUCAGGUACAUCGACGCUGUGAAGUGUGUCACCCCAGACGUAAGGUCAAGGUUGGAGAACCAUCUGGUCGAGCGAUUGAGAGGAUCUGUCGUUCAGGGAAAUACAAAUCCAAGUUCAAAACCAGAGUCUGUUCUACCUGUUGAAAUUAAAACAGAAACACCAGUUCCUUCCCACGUGAGCGGUUCGAAUCCAUCUCAGGCGGUUCACGAUUCCAGACAUUAUCAAGCCGCAGUUGACCUUGCUAACAUAGCAGUCAAGGCCACGGUCAACCAAACCACAGUCCCCAGACCAAAUUCUCUUUCGACCAUCGCGCAGUCAUCGCAGGCAGUGGCGGUGUGUCCGGAACUUUCUCCCAAAUCUCAGUUCCAGCAAGCUGUGUCAGCCAGCAGACUAGGUCUGAAGGUUUACAGUGAGAACUUCUCGGGUCCCAGACUGUCCAGGUCCCAGAGCAUCUCACCCUCCAACCUGGAGGCGGAGGGGUCAAGACUCACAGACAACCACGAAGACCGAAAGCGCCACAACAGCAGCGAGCCCGCUCUGCACCCUGACAUUCACACCCCGCAACCCGUCUACCAGCACCAUCACGAGAAUGACAAAAACAACAACAGCAAAGUUAUCUACUGUGACAUCAACAAAGAGAAUGAUUACCUGUGGACAGUCCAGCGCCCCUUACAUAUUCACAUCCCCGACUCCCCCCACACCCCUACCACGCCAUCCCCGCCCUACCCCCAACAGCAUAUCUACCAUCAUGACAAUUCAGCCUCGGCUAUGGACGACGCCCCGCCCACCAUUCUCUACGGUUACCAUGACCACCAGAUCUCUACCAGCCCUUGCCUCAAACAAGAACCUCAUUACAUGAACGAGAGAUUCAACCAAGAGAUCGCCUACUCUUAUAUUUACAAACACCAGGAAUCAGAACUGGGCCACCAGCAACAGGCGUACUCACUCCGAGAGAUGCACGUGCACGACUCCUCACACCGACACCACGUCACCCAUUCAGCCCUGCCCCCCACGCCCUCCCCACCCACGCUCACACGUGAAGAACCGUGUCACGCUCCUAGCCAACACAGAGACCCCCACCACGAGUUGAGCGCGCGGUACGCGAAUGGCGGGCAACCCUGCUACCACCAGGACCCCCACGCUCCAAACGACUCGGGUCAUGUUGGCAUACGUUCAAAUUACUCAGAUCAGCACACUGGCCAUUCAAAUAGCCAGUACCGCGGUCACUGCGAUUACCUCCCCCUGCAGCCAAAUCAGCAUCGCCCUCAACCAUACAAGCACGGCAAUCAAUCACCGGUUAUCUCCCUUGCCCCUGCCGGGCAAAUCUCGCCGCGCACCGUUCACAAUGGACCCGCCACCGCACAAGCAAGUGUCCACUCCCGCCAAAACGGCGACCCUUUGUCCCCGCCGACCUUGAAAAAAAGACUUCUAUUUGGACAUGAGUCGGGUCGCGAGUGGACGGGCUCAAGCUAUGCACAGGGGAGACAGGACACGAAGAACGUACCAUCAUCGGACUACCCCCACAAUGAGAACGAGAUUGCGUGCGCGGACUGGCGAGAGGCGAGACGGGACAUGCGCAGUGAUUUUUACACCUCGGAAUGGCGUCACACCCGAUCUGACGAAAGUCUAUGGCGGCCAUGGUGAAAUUCAUUUUAUCACAAGAACUAAAAAAUUCCAAUCAAAAAC